AUGUCGUAUAUAUUACUUUUAUUAUUAUUAUUAUUUGGUUCAAGUGUAAUGAUUUUUGGUGAACCUCCAUUGAUAACUGAUCGUAUAAUAGAACGUUUAAAAGUUUUAGCUACACAAUCAUCAAUAGAAACAUUUGUUGAAUUACCUGAUGCUGAAUCUUAUUUAAAUAAUUAUCUUACAAAAAAUUCACCACAUAUAAUAAAUUUAAAUGAACAAUUAACAAAAAUUAUACGUGAAUGGAGUCCACGUCUUUUAGCACUUGAUCCAACAUGUCCAUAUUAUUUUUCAAAAUUUAAUAAUAUAUCAUUACCUGAACAAGAUCUUAAUCUUCUUUCAUAUUUACAAGCAAUUGAAUCACAUGAAACAGUUAUUUAUCCAUUUAUUAGUAUUUUACCACAAUCAUAUCGUAAUGCUAUUCCAAUUUUAUCUAUUUUUCAUUGUAGAGAAUUAAUUUAUUCAAAAUCAAAUUCAUUUUUUCAUAAUAUUGAACUUAUUAUUGGUCCUGAUCGAACUGAAUUACCAUUUGAACGACAAUCAAAUAUGUAUUCACAAUUAUAUUGUUCACUUUAUGGUUGGCCUCAUUUUAUUCUUAUUAAUCAAACAAAACAAUCAACAAUUACAUAUGAUUCACAAACUUUACUUUCACAAGAAAAUCUUGCUAAUGUUGAAUAUUUUUUAACAAGUUUAGCACCUGGUAAUUGUUUAUUUCUUCCACCUGAUUGGGUUAUAGGUGCUCAACUUAAUAAUAGUAUAUCAUUACUUUUUACAUUAAAAAAAAUUGAAAAACUAAUUGUAAAUGAAACUAUUUCUGAAUCAUUAUCAUGUACUCAUACUGAUGCAACAACAUUAGAUACGGUUAAAUUUACUAUUUCCGAUACAUUCAAUAUUAGUGAUAUUGGUUUAAUAGUUUAUUUCUAUCAAUAUCUUAAUCCUCCAAUAUUCGAUAUAACAUAUACUCGUGAAACAUUUUUGGAACAUUUUCGACAAGAUAGAAAUGUUUCAGAAAUAAUUAUAAAAUGGACACCAGAAUUAAUUGAUCUUAUUAAUAAUACACUUUUUAAUCAACUUGAUAUAAAUCAUGAUGAAAAAUUUAAUGUAGAUGAUUAUUUUGAUAUUAAACGAACAAGUAUACAACAAUUACAAAAUUCUAUUUUGGAAAUACUUGAAAAAUUACGUCAAACUGUUAUUGCACAAUAUAAUGAUAUAAGUGAAACAAUAACAAAAUUUUCUCAAACAUUUGAAAAUAUUGGAAUGAACGAAAAUAUGAAUGAAGCUCUUGAAGAAUUAUUACAAACAUUACCGGAAACAGUUAAAGCAAAAUUCAAAGAAAAUAAUAUUAAUUUUGAUGAUGUUUUAAAUCAAGUUAAAAAUAAAAGACCUAAACGACCAUCUAUAAAUAAACAAAAUGUAAGAGAAGAUGAUACUUCAAUACUUUUUGAUAAAGAUCUAGAUGAAGAUAUAAUAUCAACUGAUGAUCUUGAUCAAGAAGAAGAAAUUACAGCAGAACCAUUUAUAGAUGAAAAUGAACCUUAUCAUCGUACUGAUCUAUGA